AUGGGCUUCAAGCUCUACCGCUGGCUCCGCGGGAGGUGUGCCCGGAGGGGCUACAGCAACGAGAUCUCGGUGCGCCACCGCGGCUUCUGCUCGGGCAGAGGCACCUUCUCGGGCCGCCGGGGGCACGGCUCCCUCUUCUGUGACGGGGAGACCUCCAUCACCUACAGCCGGAGACCCUCCUGCCUCCAGCCCGCUCCAGCAUGCCCCAGCCGCAGCCUGCCGGGGGGGUACCCCUGCGGCAGCGAUGGCUCUGUUGUCAUCAGCGGCGGUGACACUGGGGGCACAUCGGGCUGGGGCAUCACCGUGGGCACAACCCCGGUUUAUGGCUCCGGGUAUGGCAGUGAGGACUCAGGGACAACCAUCGUGGGCAGCUCGGGGGGUGGUGCAGGAUCCAGCUGCUACAGUGGGAGCUCUGCCGUGGGAGGAGGGCAUGGCUACAGCUAUGGCUAUGACUAUGGCUACGAGGAGUCACCAAGGGAAAGGGUCUCCACAACGCGGGGUGGCAGUGGUGGCCCAGGCUACUACGGUGGAGGAUCAGGAUAUGGCCUCGGGGCAGGCUCAGGUCCAGAGUUCAGCCCUGCAGGAGCUGGGUCCUGCCAGGCCAUGCAGCAGAAGUGUCCUGUGGUGGUUCCUAGCAUCAAGUCCCAACAGACCAAACAGAGCAGCCAGUGGCCCCCCAGCCAGAAGAAGUGA